CGCUCAGCUCCCCUAAUUCCACAGCCCAUCUCGUCGAUACACUCAAGUAAUUCGGCUGGUGACCUCUAUGCCGGCCCCAUCGCUAACAGUAAGGUUCCCCCAUUUGCCACCACUACCUCCACCUCCUCCUCCUCCUCUUGGCACAGCAACAAUCCAGGCCUCAAGGCAUUCGAUCCCAUCUCCUCAUCUUCGGGCUGUUCUACAACACCGGCUGGUCACAACAACAAUGGGACGCCUGCCAAUACCGGUGGCUUCUCUGCACGAACUCUUGCCUCCAUAUUCGAAGCGACGCAUCCCCACCGCUUUACCAAUAUGCUCCCGUCCAGUGUUUGCAUGGAUGAUGGCGCUCUCUGAUGACUUUAUAUGGAUGUGGGGAUACCUACUUCAAUUAUUAGCGGUGCACACCUUUCAACUGCAUACCUAG